GACACAAAACCCAGUGAAUUAAGCGGUCAAAGCAGGGGUUUUGUUUUAGUUCUGCCAUUUCAGUUUGAGUUUUGAGUUUUUAUAACGAGAGAAAAGAAAUGGCACCCUUCAUUUCUUCUCUCAAAAAGUCACUCUUCCUCCACUCUUCUUUCACAAAAUCUCUUCUUUUCUCUCAAAAUUUCCACCGUUUUUAUUCCCCAAAGCCCCCACCACCAACACCCCACCAAGAAGAAGAUGACGCGUGUCCCACAUCCGGUCUAAACAGGCCUUUGUCUGAGGUUCUUAAAGAACUCAACAAGAAAGUUCCUGAAUCUCUCGUUAAACUUCGUGUUGAAGAUGGGUUCUCCGUCAAGUACAUUCCUUGGCAUAUUGUUAAUCGGAUUAUGAAUCUUCAUGCACCGGAAUGGUCUGGUGAAGUUCGCAACAUCACUUAUUCUGCUAAUGGGAAGUCUGUGUCUGUUGUCUAUCGUGUUACGCUUUACGGGACAGAUGCUGAGAUACAUAGGGAAUCUACAGGGACAGCUUCAGUGGAUGCAGAAGGUUAUGGGGAUGCUGUACAGAAAGCUGAAGCAAUGGCAUUUCGUCGCGCUUGUGCACGCUUGGGCCUUGGCCUCCAUCUUUACCAUGAAGAGUUGUAAUCAAGCAUUCAUGAAGACAUUUGAUUUUCUUGUUUGGUGAAUCAUGGUAAUACUAACUAGUUAAUUGUAGCUUUGAUCAUUUUGUUGUUGUGUGAGGAUCAUGCCUAAACAGCUUAAUUUCUUGGAAAUUUAGAGGAAAGAAAUGCAAGUAUGCUUGUCCAAUGGGGCAGUGCCACAUUAGCACAUGUGACAUGUUGGAGACAUGAUCACAUUUCGUUUGCAUCCUUCUCAUGAAGGAGAGAGCGAUAUUUUGGGUUCAUGAAAGUAUCUAUCUUUUGUAGAAAGAUUCUACUCCUUGAUUAUAUGCAAAAGUCUAUUUGUAUUGUUUUGCUUUUGA